AUGAAAGAAGAGAAAAGAAAAAGUGAUUUCAGAGUGGUGGGUGGUUUGGGGAUAGCGCUGAAACUGAGAGUUGUGAAGGAGGAAGUAAUUGGGGGAUGGAAAAUGUUUAAAGGGACUGAUUUUGGAGGAGGAGGCCGAUUGGGUAUAGUGGUGGAGGAUGACCGAAUUCAACAGUGGAUAAAGAUGAAGAGAAAAAUUAAGUUAGCCUCAAAGCAUAACAUUACUAAUCUGGAGAUUGAAUCGGAUUCUGCUGUCCUGGUUCAACUUAUGCAAAAUUCUGACAAUUCUCUGCAUCCCCUUGGUUCUAUGCUUGCUGGCUGUGAUCUAAUGAUGGCCAAGUUUCAGAAUGUCAAGCUGACUCACAUCUUCAGAGAAUGUAACAUGACUGCUGAUGCCCUUGUCAAGAAUAGCAUUUUUCAUGAACUUGGAUUGGUCACUUUGACAAUCCCCCUGCUCAUGCUGCCCAAACUUUCUUGGAUGAUUUGUCUGAUGUAA